CUGCAUUGUCAGAGUCUCUCAGUCAUAAAGCCUCACAAUAGAUCUAGAUUCCCUUUUCUUUUUGGUAAAAAUCGCUGCUGUCUUCACGUCGGCUGCAGCAUGGCCUCGAUCUCCGCCGGGUGCUUCCAGGUUGCUGCUGUCGCGUUGUUGUGUUGCACAGUGUGUAACGCUGAGAUCUCCUGCAGGAAUGAAGCCGGGGAGCCUGUUGACUGGUUCAUCUUCUACAAGCUGCCCCGGUACCGGAUCGGUGAGGUGGGCAGCGGAGUGGAGUACAUGUACCUGGACUCUGCAGCAGGCAGCUGGCAGAUGAGUAAAUUCACCAUCAACUCCAGCCAGGGAGCCGUAGUGAACACCCUGAACCAGCUUUACAAAGGAGACGCCUACAAGUCCAACAGCUCGGUCUACGCCCUCUACAACGAUGCACCUCCAGUUCUGGAUUACAUCCGAGGAUAUGGACACACUAAAGCCCAGCAGCUGCUCUAUCUUUACCCACGUUUCUAUAACUGCUCGGUGCCUCCUGCGUUCGUGUCCGACCUGCCGCAGCUGGUGCAGCUAUGCAAAGGCUCCAAAUCCCCGCUGGCCACAAACAAGAGAGUGGAGCAGCUUUUUUCCAUCCAGGGGGACAAAUUUGUCAGUUUCGUCAAAUCUGAACUCUUUGUGGAGGAUAUCUACACCGGCUGGGUGGCUCAGGUGCUGGACGCCGACCUUCUGGUGGAGUCGUGGCAGAGACAAGGUCACGAGCUGCCCUCUAACUGCUCGCUGCCCAAACACACCAUGAACGUCAAGCGGAUCCAGCUGCCCGGCUCUCUUCUGUUCCAGUCCCACUACGAUCACUCCAAGUGGUGCGUGUCGCAAUCGUACAAGGACCAGGUGACCUGCCUGGGGGACCUGAACAGGGAGCGGGCCCAGAUGUGGCGUGGCGGGGGGCUGGUCUGCUCCUUCAACCCCCUGAUCUACAAGGCAUUCAGACAGACAUGCUUGUGUUUGAGAUUCCUCCUCAGCGUUUGGAUCUUUUUUCCGGGUUGUGAUUCAGCUGUGACAUGCAGGAAUGACAAGAACAAGCCAGUUGACUGGUAUAUCUUAUACAAGUUUCCCAAUACGUAUGAAAGAGGUUUGAAGUAUUUGUACAUGGAUGGCAGCACCAAUGGAUGGACACUCAGCACCAGGAUAAUCAGUGGAUAUGGCUCUCUGGCCAACACCCUGCAGCCUCUUCUUGACUUCUAUGUCAAAAAGACUGAACAUUUUGGAUACAUGCUCUACAAUGACCAGCCUCCAGGUAAAGGUAGUGCUCCUUCAUCAUUUGGCCACAGUAAAGGGGUUGUGAUGCUGGACAAACAAACUGGAGUUUGGCUUUCACACAGCACACCAAGAUUUCCAGCAUCUCAAAGUAAAGACUUCUGGCCAAGCAGCGGAAAUGUUAACGCUCAAACAUUUCUGUGUGUUACUUACCCUUAUGAUCGCUUCAAACAAAUAGGAGUGCAGCUCAAGUACAUCCACGCCUACUCCUUUGACUCUGACAUCCCAACUACCUUUCACAAUGAGCUGCGAUGUGUCGCACAGCGAGACUGCUACCCGAAAAAAGAACCCUGGUCUAGUAUCAUGCCACUGAAUUCUGUGUCAGGACGUAGCUUCCUUAGUGUUGCAAAAUACACACGAUUUGGGGAUGAUCUUUACUCUGGUCUUAUUUCGAACAUUGCGAAAAAGAAUCUGUACGUGAAGAGCUGGGGAAAGCUGCAUGAAUCUCUGCCUUCCAACUGCAGCAUCCCGUAUCACGUGUACAACGUGAAGGACGUGAAUCUCCUGCACGUAGAGUACGUCAGCGACACCGUUGAUCAUUCCAAGUGGUGUGUGGCUGUAGAUGGCCAUGGUGCCUUUACCUGCAUCGCCGACAUGAACAGGGAGACGAGCCAGACGGGCCGAGGAGGAGGAGCGAUAUGCACCGAUGACCCUGUAGUCCAGAGGUCUUUCUAUGGACUGAUCAAAACAUAUGAACCGUGUAGACCUCCAGACAGCGAUGCUCAACACACAGAGCUGUAAAUGAACAGCCAAACUCAGCUGAUGUUAGCAUCAGUUGUGAACAAAAGCUUCCACACCCUUGUAAAGACUAUCUAUAAAAUGGUAGUCUGGAGGUUUCAGCGACUCCUAUGACUCAGAAUUUUCUGUGAUGGAAUCAUGAAACACGUGAAAAACAAUCAUGCAUUUUAGUUCUUUUAUAGAUUUGUUGCAGGUCUUUGGGAAAUAUGACAUUAUCCACUGGAUCACAAAUAUAGACACGCCAACUUUAGUGAUAAUUUUUAUUGAUGUAGAAAACUGUGUUAAUAAUAUUUUCUUGUUGGCAUGACCGCUUAAGUUUUCAUGAGUGACUGCGAUUGACUACAGCUGCUGACUCGUCCAAUUUAAAUAGGGCCACUUAUUAGACUCAGAAAAAGAAUCACUGACUUGAACAAGUCAAGAAAGUCACUUGGAGUCGUUUCAAAGCAGCUACAGCUCACAAAGUCAUCUGUACAAAAAAAAAUUACUUUGGCGUAUAAAGUUUAUGGUACAUGAAUUAUCUUAUCUUGUAAUAAUACAGUCGUCCUCAGAUGUAUUCACAUCCUCCCAUUAAAGAAGGAAAAAAAACAGCUGUCACUGAAAUAAG